CCGCAAGGAUUCACAAAACAGUUGGGCAUUCCGUGACAUAAUAAGUAGUUACUGAAUAGGAAAAUUAGGUCUGUUUUACCCGUGACGCUGUUCAAAGAAGAUGACUCCAGUUAACGAUAAGCUUUGUCUCCGAGAUGAAAACCUCGAUGGCCGAAUCCGCCGAUACGGAUUCGAAUACGGCACGAAAUAAGCUGACUGACGCUGGUAUCAAAGUUGACUUCUUAGUGUUCGCAGGAGAUUUGGUCGAAAAAGCUCUUGAAGCGGCUAUGACUGAAGUUCCAUCUAGCAACGAUAACCAGGUAACGUAGUAACUUUUUGUUGAUAUUGAAUAAUGUAUUGUUUUUAUUUUGUGGUAUUGUAUUUGUGGUAUUCUGUAGUGGUCAAGUUCCAAAAUGUCAUGUCAACAGAGCAACCAUUUGAAAAGAGUGCUUCGGUAAACAAGUUUUAUUUGCUAAACGACCUUUAGCUCAACUUUGAUAGCCGAUUGCUCAGGGCUCUGUGUAGGAAAAUGUUUGGUGGUGUUACUCGUACUAGUGUCUUACCAUGGUCUCCAAAAAUAUAAGCUUACAUGUAAUUUGUGCAAAGGGUCUAACAUUGUGAAGAGCUAUGAUUGUUAAUUUGGUUUCAGUUUACAGUACUGCACAGGUUGUCGAAACGUCAGUCACUGUCAACAACAACAGUCCUAUUCAGGACUACGUUCACCCGGACGAUCAAACUCAACCUUUUGAUAUGACUCCUGGGUUCAAACCUUUCACAGUACUGUAAAGGUUAAAGGAUGUUUUAAUAUGUAUGUUAUGGUUCAAGUCCGUCCUUGGUUUGAAUUUUAUUUUCUUUCGUUUGUGGGUAUGGUUAUGCCUUGAAACAAAGGAAAUGUUAUUUAGACUAAGGAAAAAGUUCAACCAGUCCAACAAUACCCAUUGAUUUGUCCUCUCAGUCUAUCAGUCAACUCUAUUGAUUUUUAAAAACGGAGUAUCUAGAGUGAGCUUGUUCUUUGAUUAACUAUACUAUGACUCUGUAAGUUAUUGUGCCCCAUUAAAUGAGCUAGCUCAAUUUUUGUACUUACAGUAGCUCAGGGCACCCAGGGGGGUACUCAGGAUUUCAAAUGAAAGGGAUGAUCAAAUGGGGGCAAAAAUCAACACCCAAAAAAAUCCCCAGAACUUAAAACAAAACCCAAAAAAAUCCCUGGACCAAAUUUUACCCCCCAAAAUAUCCCAUACCGAAUUUCCGAGCCAUAAAAAUUCCCAAAAAGCAGUAAAUGAUAAUAACACAAAAAAUAGAAACAUUAGUAAUGGAAUGUUUGUGUUUGUUUAUUCAUCUCACCAUCUGCAGUAAGAACCUUUUUCACAUCUGGUGGUCAUUGUCAGAACACUCGAGACACUCAAGAACAUAUUCUGUUAGAUGCUUUAUGAACUACCGUAUGUUACUUUAUUUGCGGAACUACGUAGCCGGGAUGCACAGGAACUGUCACGAAUCUUCAGAUGGUUUUGCUGAAUAUCCAAAAAAAUCCCUGCUUAAAUCAAGCUACCCCAAAAAAUACAUGCCAAAAUUUUCCUACCCUAAAAGAUCCUGAAAUCAAGAAUUUAAACCCCAAAAAAUCCUUUGAUCUUCCCUGUCACUUAAAAUCUGGGGUACUCCCCCCAGGCCAGGGGUUACCUCUUCAACCAUAACCAAUGAGUCAAGCCCUGGUUAUGUUAACAAUAAACAAUGCAAUACAAGGGCCUCAUCUCAUGAGCCUGGCAGGCUGGGCUGUCCUGUUUACUAAGGCCCAGUUCAGACGCCGAACCUUUCAUGAGCCGAACCUAAUGCAAAUUAAGGCCGACCCAAAUUAUUUAGACCGGCUAAAUUGAUUCAGAUGCCGAUCUUAAUUCCAGCCGAACUAAAUUCAGAAGGUGAAAAAUGCGCAUUUUGGUCAAACUGCUUACAAAAUACUUUAUAAGAAUUUAUGCAUUAGGUUCGGUACAUGAAAAGUUCGGCGUCUGAAUCAAAGGCGUUCCAAAGUCCAUCCAAAGGCGAAAUUCCCGGUCGGGCUAGCCGAAAAGAACAGGUGAGCCGUUCCAAAUUGAAACAGGCGUUCCUAAUUGAUUCAGACGGCGAACUUUUCAUGUACUUAAUUCAAUGUAUUAGGUUCAGCUCAUGAAAAGUACGGCGUCUGAACCGGGCCUAAGACAAAUUUUUGCCUUGGUUCCAUAUGAGAAAUUUCAGCCCAGUUUCUGAGAUGAGAAUUAAAAGGCCAAAGAUCUUGAGAUUUCUGGCUUAAAAUUCCAGAAACAAAGCAUACAAGCUGAAACACAAAAAUUUUAACUUUCACAACUUUGACAACUCUUAAAGCUGUAUUAUUGCAGUACAUUAAAUAGGAUUCAUAUAUGAUAUGGAAAAUAUGGCAGGCAUUGCAAGUUGAUGCCAUCUGGGCUACCAGAAUUCAUCCCAAAAACCUAGCCAGCCCACCCUCUCAUAUGAACACAUUGAAAGUUUUACAAAGGAAUUAGUGAUAAGGAGAGAUCUCCGAAAUUGGGCCAGCCCAGUCAACCGGGCUCGUGAAGGGGUCCCAUUAGUAACAUAAUAAUAUUUUUGUUGCAUUGAAUGUAGGGUUCAGCGAAUGGGGAGAUUGACAGGACAGCAGAUUUAAAGGAAGCGGGGAAUGAUCCUGAAGCAGACAACUCUCACGGUGCAGGAACUGUAGAAACAGGAGAAAAACAUGAACAAACUGAUCUUGGAAGAUCUAAAUCAUCACAGAGUGAUCAUAUUUAUGACUCAGUUGAUGCAAACGUAGUUUCAAAUCCCUCGCAAGACGAAAACAGGACAAAAUUGACAUCUGCAUCUUCUUUUGAUCAGGAGAAGGAGCAGAGUUCUACAAUUGUUCAGGGUGAACAUGAAUCAAAUACUGCUGUUCCUAAAAUUGAAAUAAUUGAAGGGUCCACUACGUUAAGUGAUUCCAGUUCUGAUGACGAUUCUGAUGCUAGAGAAGAGAGGAGAAAAAAGAAAUUGACAAAGAAAAAGAAAACUGAUGAAAAUAGGUCAGAUGACUAUGAUGAUGUGGAUGAACUUAGAAGUCAAAUAGACAGCUUAUCAAAGGAAAAUGAAACAAACAAAGAACGUAUAGAAAAUGUAUUGAAAGAGAAAAUGUCAUUAGAGGAAAGUCUUGAGGAUGAAAGAAGUAAAACCCAGGUAAUUACAGUUGGUAACCAUAAACAUGUAAGGAGGUAUAUGAGUAAUUUAGCGCAGAUGCUGUCAUCAGGAAAAUUUAGUGGUCUCUAUGAUACUGUUAUUGUAUUCUAGGGCUGUCACUGAGGGUCAGGGGCAGAAAUUCUGUUCAAACUGUUGAACAGCUGUUCAAACCACCACCUACUAUAAUUGCACAUACUCAGAGACUUGAAAUCUUAGUGAUAAUUCAGUAUUCUGUAUUUUGUUUGGUUAUUUAGUCUCAGGUUGGAUCAGUGCAGAGUUUAACUGAUUAGAAUUAGAAAAAGAAGUCUUAUUGUUAUUGGUAGUCUAUGUGCAACCACCAUCCUUUAUCAAAAGAACUACAUGUAGUGGACCCCAAUACUGGAGACACCCAAAAAGUCUUUCCUGAGAUCACCACCUCAGUUUAGGGUGAAUUAAGUCUGUUUUGAUAAUUAUUUUGUCAGUAAACCAUUAAAUCUGUGAUAGGUACAGGUUACUAUAACAUUAAUCUUUCAUUUUCAUUUCUUCUUUAUUUUUAAUUGCUUAUCAGGUGCUUAGCAGAGAAAAAGAAGAACUCAGAGAGCAGCUUUCUAGUCAGUCUGGUGAUCCUGGUAAUAGUGCAGCUAUAGUUGAAGAAAAAGAGAAGCUGAUUACAGAAUUACAACAAGAAAAACAACAGCUGCAAGAGAACAUUGAGGAUUUGAAGAAAGAGAAACAAGAAGCAAUUUCUUCAUCAAGAGAAGCUAUACAGGAUCUUGAGAACAAGUUGAAGAAAUCCGAAGCAGAAAACAGGGCAAAGGAUCAAAGACUUCAGGGAGCUUCUGAGAAUGUCAAUAAAUCACUGUCAUCUUUACAUGAGCAGGAAAAGUUGACAAGCAGCCUCCAAGAGGAGAUUGAGUUGUUAAAAAAUCAGGUGGAGCUGCUGCAGGAAGAUGUCGCAAACAAAGAAGAGGAGUUAAAAAGAACAAAGGAGAAUGAAAGGAAAGCCACACAAGAAAAUUCAAAACUUCAGGCUAAACUUAGUAAUGCACAGACUCUUAGUUCUCACCAUGAUAGUGCGGUACAGAAGCUUAGGAGUGAGAUAGCAACUCUACAGCAGAAGAACACUUUGCUUGAAAAGAGAAUUUCAGAUCACAAAGUUUCACAGGAUGCAAACAAAAAACUACAGGACAGAGUCCGAGAAUUGGAGGAGAAGGUGGUCAAGGUCAAUGAGGAAAAGAAGAAAAUCAAAACAGAUUAUGAAGAGGCUGUUAAAGCUUUGGAAGCUGUUGAUAAAGUGGUAAGUGUUUCCUUUUAGUAUGAUCAUUAAAAGAGGCCCUGCCAGGGUAAAUUCUGACAAGCGACAUGGCCCAAAAAGUAGCGACAGCGUAAAAUGAAAUUGCGACAAGGGACAACCUCCCUCGGCCAAAUUGCGACAGUGACCGCAAAGCCGACAAUAAGCGACAAGCAUUUAUAAACACUGACACGAGACGUUUUAAAAUUCCGACGGGCGACAUGGGACCCCCUCCCCCCUCCCCGGCAGGGCCUCUUAAAACCUUUUACCAAGUACAUGUGAACAUUGAGUUCCUAGUUGGCUGUCUGGCUUAGACCAAUCCUUCCACAGUUCCUGAGGCUUGAGGAUUAAGAAUGUAUAAUCGAUCACAUUUAUGAAAAAGUAGACUGUUGUUUGGAAAGGGCAGAGGAUAGCUGGGGGAGAUGAUCUAGCUCUGCCAUGAUAUGUUCUUUAAUUCUUUACAACACACAUCUUACUCCACCCAAAUGCAUAUAAAUGGUUUCCAAGAAGUGGAUAAUUCACAAGAAACAUUGCUUAAGGUUAAGUUUCAAAAAUGGCUACAUGUAGAACAUCUGAAUGGUACAGUUAAGAUAAUUAUAACCUUGAGUCUGAUUACCUGUAUUUUCUUUGUUUCCACAGUACAGUGUCAGGGAGGAUAUGCUGGGAAAGUACAAGGCUGACUAUGAAGAAGCUACAGAUACAAUUAAAGAAAGUAUGUCAGACUAUAACCAUCUACUUUUAUGACACAUGUUAGUUCCUUUUACAUUUGUAAAUCAGGACCUGAAGGCUAAGUUAGCCAGGUUGAAAAAUUUGUCAGAGUUCUCCUGUGCAUGGAUUACUUAGGGCCUUGGAAUCUCAAGUGGCCUUUAUAUGACAUGUAUAUAUUUCAAUGGUGUCUGCCAGUUGCCUAGCAACCUUGAUACACAACCUUACUUGGCCAGCCAGUUUCCCAGAGCUUUACAAGAUUAAAGAUGAUUCCAUCACAUCAUAAGUUAAUUUGACCCUGUUUUGAUUCUCAGAUUGUUUUUAGAAGUGUUUCUCUAACAGUUGAUGGUGUUGAAGUCAGUUUGCUUAAGCAUAACACCUUCAUUAGCACAAUGUUUCUAGAUUUUUUUGUGGCUUAGUGGCAAAGCUCAGGUGCCCCUUAUAAUUUCGGUUCAAGGUUCGACUGCAGGCAAUGUCACUUUAUUUAAUGCACUAGUGGAGCAUAUGUUACAGGAUAAACUUACCCUAUAAAGCUGGCAUAUAAUUCUCUCAAGCUUAUAUCAAGCUCAUGUAGCCCUGUAUCAGUGUGAUGCCAGUGAUGGUGACUUUUGUUGUUAUUUCUCUGAAUGUUAAUCACAGAUGAGAAGGAGAUUGCUAAACUCAAGAGUGACCUUUCAAGAAACAAAGAGAAGCUGACCCGAGCUCUGGAAUACAAAGCUGACAGAGAAGAACUCAAAGAUCAUCUCAGGAAGAGAAAAGAAGCAAUUGCACUGCAGAAAGAGGAAACAGAACAAGUCAGGAAAGACUUGGAUGAAGAGCGACAUGAACACAGAAUGGCACAGUAAGGACCUUCCACUCUUCAUUUCCUUAACUGCAGGGCUGCAAAAGAGUCCUGUCCAGUUGUCCGGGACGAGUGGAUUUUCUCGCUGGGCAAGUAACUUGUAAAGCUUACUUACCCAAUGGGAAAGAGGCCGGGAAAGUCAUCCUCUAGUUAACAAAAUCAUUGAAUAAGACGGGGAAGAAGUGGCCCCGGUCAAGCAAAACUGACAGGUGCUUGCCUAAAGGAUAGGCUUGAAUUCCAUUUUUUUUAGCCCUGAACUGAUAUCGUGAAAUACGUGCCAAUUCUGUAAUCUCUGUAAGCAGACAGGGGUUAAGGGGAUAGGGAGGAAGGGUAAGGGACCUUUUCCCUGCUCUCACUUUUCUCCGAUCCUCUUCAGUUGAUGCUUACAAACACUCUUUUUAUGUAAGAUCGAUCCCCGUAUGGAACGCGUUGUCAGCUGACUUUGUUAUUGCUUCAUCGUACCCAGAAUUCAUCAGAAGAGUGUCUACUAAUUUAUUAAUUUACAUCGUUGUUCUUUAUUUGUUCUGAUACCAUGUAAUUAAGCGACCGCUGGCCGCUCCAUAGCUGGAUUAGCAUUAUUUGUAACUCUAGUGGCAAUUACCAUGAUUAAAGAUUUAAAGAUGGCCCAAAUUCUUAGCAAAAUCGCUUUAAAAAUUGGCUGGUCUAGGAAAACUCCGCAAUUCGAAUACUUGCCAAUUGAUCUGUAGAAUUCAAAUAUUUCGUCUGAAUCUCUCGGUCAGCCAGUUGCCACGCGCACUGACGAAAUAUCGAAACUUUACAAGACCCUGUCGCUAUAACGGUGGGUUGUUAAAAAUCUGUUUUUGCCAUAGCAUUGUUUAUGCAUAUAUUGUUGCUCUUAAUUCAAUUAUUAGGGCAAGAGCACAGGAGAGAGGGCGAAAAAUUCAGAUGUUAAAUCUAGAACUGGCUGAAGUGAAGGACACUUUGCAGGUGGGAAUCUUAGAGAGGGUAAACGGGUCUUUGCGGUCCUUCCAUUAUUGCAGACACUUUCGGGAUGCGAGCUUUUGUGAGAGAGAUUCAACUAUUCUUAUGCCUUUAAAGUACCUAGUGAACAGCCAAUAAAUCAGAGUGAAACGUAAAGACUGGUUCUAAGGACUAAUGUCCCCCAAGUUCUUUUAUAAUAGGCAUUUACACCGGCUGUAGUGCCACUUCCAGCCUAGGAAAUAUCUUGGCUGAGCAAACGUGUUCAUAGCCGCGAGACUGACAAGCGAACCAUAAGAAGUAGACAAUCAAUGAAUUUCGAUAUGUUGUGGAAAAGGGGAUGCAUAAAUUAAACAAAAAAGGACAAUGGUAAGAAUAAAAAAAAGGGGGUUUCUAAAUGUUGAACGAUGCCGCUCAAUGUCUGUCAUAACGUCAGUAGUUAUGUAACAUUGGGAACAAAAUAUGUGUCCGAAUCUGUAAUAGCUACAGUCCGUAUAGGGGGAGUUUGCUAGGCGUGUUGAAUAUGAGUGUUUGCCUAAUUCAGUCAUUAAACGUUUUAUAGAUUGCCAGAAAUGUUAUUGGCGAGAAAGAAGCCAACAUGAAAAGUAUCAAAGAGAGUUUGGAUGCGGAGAAGGAGCAGAAACUUAAACUAGAAAAGGUAAGAUGCGUCUGUAACCAUAAGCAAAGUAGCAUAAUUACUCCAUCUUACAUUUGUCGUUGUUGCACACACCCUAAUAAUAAAGUCUGUGCGUCAUUUUUCUCCAUGACAGCUUUAGUUAAUGUUUUAUUUUCAUUCUGAGGUAAAAGUGGUCACCCUCAAGUGUUUGACGCGGGAGAUAGAGAGGAAAAGCCGUGACGUCACGUUGCCACGUUAGCAAAAUUUCUGGAUGACAACUCAAACUGAAAACGCCACUUUUAAAGUGCAUCCGCACUUUUUCAAACUUCAUCGAUCUUAUUCAGUUUCACUGAUCUAAUUUGUCAAAUGUUGGCGAAGUUUUCUGGGUUGAACCCGAAAGGACAGUAUCGUAACUUUAUAAAAAAAAAAGAAAAUUUUUGUGUUGUAUUCACCUACUCCAUAAAGCGGGUGCGUGAAAUUAAGAAGUGUCAUGUCGCAGUCGUCCGACGACAGCUAAGAAAUGUACAAAAAGGCGUGAUGCACGUGCAAAGUUGUAAACCUACUGCUUUCUGCCGUUCUCGUUGCCCUCACCGUCUUCGUUGCUUGGGCUCCCUAUUGGUUUGGUUGAGAAUUUUUUAAAAUGUGACGUCACACAGUCUUCUCUCUAUUUCACCUCCGUUCUACUGAUUGGUUGUUUCUUGGUGGGACUCAGUACUCAAAGUAAACAUAGCAUGCGUGGUAGGUGUUUGAAGGGAAAGAGAAAGAGGGAGGGGAGGGUGAGUAAGGAGGAAAGGGAACCCUGCCUCGCGCUCCCGUCGGGGCCGCCUUUAUUCCCCUUUGCCCUCUCCUAUUAAACGCGUACCACGCUGGCUGAAGUAGACAUCUCGUUAGCUUUCAUGGUUACUUCUUUCUUUCUUUCUUUCACGUAUCUAUGCUUAUGUUCUACGGUAAUUAUGUUUUUCUUUGGUAUUUGGAUCACCAUUUUUGUUUUGUAUCUUCCGUGCAGGAACUGGACAUUAAGUCUCAUCUGGAGAAAAAACUACAAUAUGUCGAAGAGGAAAAGCACAGAUUGGAAUGUCGACUCAAGAACACGGAACUUGAACUAAAAGAAACGCAAACAAGUCUUGAACAGUCAAUAGUUAAACGAAGAGUGAGUAAACGCCUUGCCGUAUUUUUCAGAUAUGAAUGGAACUUCAUCAUCAGACUGCAGAAUUUUGGGAAUGAAAGGGUUACAAGUUUUUUGACAGCCCUGGCAUCUAUCUUAAUUCACCUACUUUACAGCUCUGUAUCAAGUCCGUUAACUACGGGCGAAGUUAACGGUACUUUCGCACGGCACUGGACGAAUUUUUGACUGGUUGAAAAUUUCAGAAUCGGACCCUUCGUUCAAAAUAUUUUCAUUCGGUUCACACGGACUUUGAACGGCUAGGCGUUUGAAUUUUCGUGCGGUUAAGUUUGUUUCGUGCGAACGGAACACCUGAACAUACAAAUUUUCAACUGGUCGAAAAUUUGCCUGGAACCGUGUGAACGCCACGUAGCGUAAGUUACUUAAACCAAGGACCCUUAACACUUAAAUUCUUGUCAUGUUUAACAGGAUCUGGAUCAGAAUGUAGACAACUUACAACAAGAUAAAAAGCUCUUAAACAAGCAGCUGGAGGAAAGAGGUGCUGAAGUAACAAAACUAAACGACACGAUAUCAGAGCAGGAUCAAGAACUGGGUGAAAAAUUACGUGAGAUUGUGCAAAUGGAGGUCCAGCUUGAUGAGCUGCGGAAUGAACUGUGGGAUGUGUGGACGUCUUAUCAAAAUGAUCGCCAGUGGUGGAAGCAGAGGGCUGACAAAGUUUUAGGGUAAGUGCUUAAAUGGCUGUAGUCUUCACAAAAGUUAUUUUAUAGGAAACUCACUUGUGUCUUCCCCAUAUUGGGGUCCAGCGCUAAGUUUCCUUCGUAGGGAGGUGCCCGUCCAAAGAAGAGCCAAAGAGGACGACCAAAUAACGGCAAAUCCCAACUCCAGGUGCCUGUUUUAGAAGAUUGCUCAUCUACCGGAGGUGAUUUAGAGAGUUGCGCAACAUCAAUGUACACCCGAAUUCUCCCUGCUCACUAUCCAUGAGCUCAUAGAAAGCGAGUGCGUAGAUUGCCAGUAGUUUCUACUCGUAAUGUAUCAGUUCGUUGGUAUGUUCUAUUUGCAAUACGAUAGUGCUAGUAGUAGAUCUCUGUUUUGUCUUGAGACUUUGGAUCCAACACUUCUUUAUGGGUUGAGGGGAGGCUGAGAUAUGGUUGACACUCAAGACUAACUCUAGCAGGUGUUUUGAUCGUUUGGAUCAACCAAAAUGCGAGUCAAGGCAAAGCAAUUUAAUUUUCUAUCAUCGUUAAAUUGUGUUGUUUUUAAAAUGUACACGCACUAAAUAAACUCUCAUUUCAGAAGGAGACCAAAGAGUGCGCCUCCGAGAAGGAGACAAGAUCAUCAAAGUGGAGGAAUGAGUUUGUCGUCCAGACGUCUUAUGCUCAGGAUGGGAGCACCACGUUUAAACCCAAGCUAUAUUGAUAGUAGACAUAAGGUAUGUCAAUGACGAAUGUUGUUUGGGAGAUUCUCGUUGAAUGCCUUAUUUGCUGGGGUAAAACAAGUGUGCUUUAGCCUAUACUUCCCAUCUGGGAAAAGCAACUGGUAAACAAAACUGGUUCUUGUCAUGCUCAUUUGUAAAUUCACUGGUAUCUAGUGCUACAGUUUCACAUUGAUCGUACUUAUGCUGUGCUUCUUGACCAAUUAAACGUCGAUCUGCUGUUAAGUGCGACGUUUCGCGCGUGCCUAGUCUCGUCUUAAUGGUAGACGGCUUAAACGUCCGAGGCGUCCUCUAGCAUAAUGUGGCCAGGAUAUCAAAACUCUUCUUGCGAAAUUUCUGCCAAUCCUCUCCUGUUAGGUCAUUAUUAUUUUCACACCUACUCCACAAAGACGGUUUUUGUUACACUUGGUGAUCCUAAGCGUUUGUUUUAAGACAAGAGUGGAUGAGGACUUGACUUGUCUCGUUUUCAAAGAAUAGACGAACAUGUCUAACUGUCAGCGCAAACUCAAAUUGAAUGUUUCACACGUUCAUUAUUGCAUGGAUAGUACAUUUGACACUGUCUUAAUUAUAACUUCCAGAUUGCACGCCAUAGACCAGCUCCUGCAGGCGAAGAACAAGCUCCUAAAGAUACCACAGUAGAAAAUGGUGAUGCCAGCGAUGGCAGCCCACAAUUUGCCUCAGGACAGGCAUCACCUCCAUCAACCUCUCCCAGACCGCCCAACACCCCUCCAUCAGGAAAGCCAAGGCCAAAACGCCCAGCGUCAUCUUAUGGCAUAAGAACCUUCCCACCAUCAGCGUGGUCUCGCCAUAAUGAUGAGGCGAUGGUAGGCAUGGGAUAUUACAGUGACAUGGGUCCUGUUAUUGAGGAAGAAAGUCUAAAUGGUUAUGAUGCCGAUGAGGAGGUCUUUGCUUCUUGUGCUGUUCAAAAGGGCGACAGAGUCAUGAUACAGAGUAAAAUUUCCGGUAAGCUAAGAAUAUCAUGCAACACGAAUAAGAUUUACCACUUGUUACCUUUGGUACUCGUUGUUACCCUUGUUACCCCUUGUCACCCUUGUUACCUGUUGUUAUCCUUUUUACCCCUUGUUACCCCUGUUGCCCUUGUUACCCCUUGUUACCUUUGGUACCUGUUGUUACCCUUCUUACUCCUUGUUACCUUUGGUACCUGUUGUUACCCUUGUUACCCCUUGUUACCCUUGUUAGCCCUU